AUCACAGUUGUAUACAGUAUUUAUCUUUUCUUACGCAACUCUACACAGCAUGUCCACCUCUAACACUCCGGGCAAGACCGCCAUGGCGCCUACGGCGCGCACCUACGCCGCUGUCUUAGCGGCGUCGCUGUCGCCUUCACCUUCUACCAAGGUCACUAAGAAGGCUAGGAUUGAAACUGCAGUGACCGGCACUGUGGCUUUCGCAACUGCGGGAUCCCCCCUGAAGGACGGGGCUCAAAAGCGCACGGAGCAGGCUGCUCAGCCCGCUGAGUCACAGAUCGUCAUGGACCUGACGAACAGUGACGAUGAGGCGGGCCCCGUGAAGACGGCGCCGGUUCCCAAGGCCGUGGCAAAGGCGCGCACCAUCAGUGCCAUGCUGAUGUCGGCCGCGCGCGGCGCUGGCACUCGCACUGUGGCGCCCACCGCCAAGGCCGCAAAGACCGCCGCGCCCGCUGCCAAGAGCGCCGUGCCCGCGGCCGCGCCCGCUGCCAAGAGCGCCGCGCCCGCUGCCAAGAGCGCCGCGCCCGCUCCCGCGCCUGCUGCCAAGAGCGCCGCGCCCGCUGCCGAGACCAGCGCCACACCCCCUGCCAAGCCCGCCACCGUAAAGGAGUCGCUCGCGGCCGCCGCCGGUGGCCCUGGGUCGUCGAUUCCUGCUACCCCGCCAAUUGUUGAUGUUGACAACGAAAGCGACAUGGAUGACGUUGAGGCUAGCGAAGACGAUGGAAACGACAAGGUUGCAGACAUGGGCACGAAGCGUGGCCGCAAUGCCUGCGGCCAUGGCGCCAUCGAUUGGAAUAAUGAAUCAGUGCGUAUUGCGAAGUUCGUCAACAUCAAGAACACCAGCCGUUGGAAUGGGAUCGGGCACAAUUUCGUCAGGACUCCUGAGUGCACGUUCUUGUGCCUUGCCUGCAUGAAGCACCCCGGUGCGAAGGCCUCUGUUUGGACCAAGGGCGGCAACAAAGUCAUGAACAUGACUUUGUUCAACAAGCACCUUCUCUCCAAGAACCAUCUGGACGUUAUAGGCGCGGCUAAGAACCACACGAAGAUGUCCAACAUUGUCGAGAAGCAGAAGGUCAAGCUCAACCCAACGCUGUGCAGCCUAAUCCGUUCGGCCUACGCCUGCGGCAAGGAUGCCAUGCCCCUGACCCACUAUGUGAAGAUGGUCAAACUCCAGGCUGCGAACUGCGCUGACUGCAAGCAUGACUGCAAGGCGCAUACGUGCCGAAAAUGCGAUGCGUCCAAGGCAUGCGGCAGUGGUAUCACUAUUUCCGGUCCAUACCACACCGCGGAGAAAGCGUCGGAAAUGCUGGCUUGCCUGUCUGAGGCAAUUUCAGAGGAACAACUCAAGAACAUCAGGGCAUCUCCUGUCAUCUCCAUGAUGAUUGAUGAGUCUACUGACCGCACUGUUUCGCACAACCUGGCCGUGUACAUUACAUACGUGGCGCCCGAUGACAGCAUCAAGACUGAGUUUCUGCAACUGGAGGCAAUGAACAAUGGUGCCACGGCCGUGAACAUCUAUGACAGGCUCAAGGAGGUGUUCACGGAGAGCAAGAUUGAUUGGAGUAAGCUUGUCGCCUUCACCAGUGACGGUGCCAACGUUAUGGUUGGGAAGCACUGUGGAGUGGCGACCCGCAUCAAGACGGAUUGGCCCUGCGUCCUGACUAGCCACUGCGCUGCGCACCGACUGGCUCUGGCCUGUGCGGACUUCUUCAAGGAGUUCCCUGCCCUGGUCAAGGUGGACAACAUGCUCUCUAAGAUCUACAACUACGCCAAGACCUCGACAGUGCGAACCGCUGCUCUGAACGACAUGUACAAGGAAAGGAAGGCGAAGGCAUACAAGAUCCUGAAGCCGCACACGGUUCGGUGGCUUUCCCGGUCUGAGUGUGUGAGGCGGAUCAAGAUUACCUACCCGAUCCUGCUUGCCUUCUUCAAUGAGCGGAAGAAGGACAAGAAGGAUGUGGCCGCGGCCGAGAUUUACGAGUGGCUCAGGCAGGUGGACAACCUCCUGCUCAUCACCUGCAUUGACGGAGUUCUGGCUGCAACAGCGGAAUUGAGCAAGUGGUUCCAGCAGAGUGAUCUCGCCCUCGUUGACGUGCAUCAGUACCUGGAACUAGGGCUACGGCACCUGAUCAACGCCUACACCUACCACAAGGAGGGCGAGACGUCGAACGCACCUCCAUCCUUUACGGCACCCAUCCAGGCCCUGAUCAAGGACCUUGCAGCGAAGGAUGGCGUGUUCCACGGCCACCAGAUGGUGCUGACAACCCCUCCCACGACGAUCGCGCCUGCCACCACCACCACCGCCACCACGACAGCGGAGUCUGACAGCGACAAUGACGGCUCUGACACCAACACUGACACGACAGCGGAGUCUGGCAGCGACGAUGAUGACACGGCACCUACGGCACCGAGCUGGGCGGCUUUCCCUCAGACUCUAUUCCGCAGCAAGCUUGCUCUCAGCAGCAUGGUCAAGAAGCUGGUUGAGAACAUCAAAAUGCGAUUCCCCGCUGAUGUCUCAGUGGCUGCAAAGUUUGGGGUGCUGGGCCCCCGUGCAUUGGCUGCUGAUUCCGGUGUGCCGAAGUAUGGCGAGGAAGAGGUGGCCGCUUUGGCACAGCACUUUAAGCCCGUCUUGGGUGAUGAUUGCCUGUUGGCAGUUGACCAGUGGGUGAUGGCUCGGGCGCGCCUGAUUGCAGUGGCAAAGGAGCAGAAGAAGAGUGGUGAUGUUAUGAAGGCGAGGCCGUUCUAUGAGAGGCUCUUGUCGUGGCUGUCUGGCAUGGGCCGUGAGCUCACUGUCCUGGUGCAGAUUAUGCUUGUGCUGCAGCCAUCUACGGCAGAAGUUGAGCGUGGCUUCAGCGCGAUGAAUGACAUCAAGACGCCUGGCCGGGCAAGCAUGAAGCUUGGCACCCUUGACGUACUGAUGCGUGUGCGCCUUGUGGGCCCACCAAUUGCGUACCAGCAGCGACCUGUGGCUGGUGUCUCCCUUGCCCCGUAUGCUGAGUUUGAUGCAACGCUGCUGGGGCCUGCAGUUCAGAAGUUCGCUGCAAAGCUUGGCCGCGUGCCCCAGCGCAGCAGCCACAACGCCCGCCCGUCCCGUGUGAAGCAUCGUGUGUGUGAGAUUGAUGUCAAGGCACUUCUGAAGGAGGCUGAGGAGGAGGCCGUUCAGAAUGUGGAUGUCUCGUGCUAAUAAUUUGGCAUACGAACGUUUGAAUUCUUUGAAAGCGGUCCAUCUAGCAAAUACAUACCCGAUACGAUUGUGUAUGAUUGAAACGUUGAAAGAAGGGACGAUAGUGUAUUGGGGAUUCGAUGCACGAGGGUGUGUGCCGACGUGUGAAGAUGACUAAACUGGAAGCGGUUAGGCCGCGAUGGCGCUCUGCCUGUGUGUAUGUGCGGUAGAACUGUGACUGGUCAUGGCUUUGGCCCCGGCACUUCGGUGACAGCAAGCAGUUAGCAGGUAUAGCAUGUACGCCGCGCAGGCAAGCGAAGGCUCAGAGUUGCUUGGGGAAACGCGCUGCGACAUGCCUGUGCAUAUGAUCGCAUUUGGACUUGUUCAUUAGUGUUGCACUGCGUGAAACAGAUACAAAAGCCGCCGUUUACAGUUGCGAAAAAGCGAAAUUGCAACAUGUCAAGAUGUCUAGACAUUUUACAUGGCUUCCACAAAGGCACUUUGUCUAGACAAAAAAAUCGUGGAUUUGGGGGCCUGUUUGUCUACCCCCUUGACAAAAAUUUCCGCUCC